GCAAAAGAGGAGUAAAGAUGGCGGAGAACAGCGGCACAGAUCCGGCCGUGGAGACGAACACCGAAGAAAAUGACGCCGCUAGCGCGACUAUCAUCAAAGUCACCGUCAAAACACCCAAGGAUAAAGAAGAAAUAGCCAUCGCCGAAGACGCAUCCGUCGCACAGUUUAAAGAAGAGAUUUCCAAAAGAUUUAAGGCGAAGCAGGACCAGUUGGUUCUUAUUUUUGCUGGUAAGAUUCUGAAAGAUGGAGACACGCUCAGUCAGCAUGGCAUUAAGGACGGACUCACGGUUCACCUGGUCAUCAAAACCGCACAAAAGACUACAAGUGGUGGUAGUUCGCAGACCUCUGCCUCUUCUGACCCUGGACCAUCACAGGGCAACAAUGAAGGCACCUCAAACCCCAACCCAGCUGGCAACCUGGGAACAUCACAGGGCAGCGGGCCGUCCCCUAACCCAUCACAGCCAGCCAAUAUACUUGCUGGGUUUGGUGACCUGUCAGGCCUGGCCAAUCUUGGAAUGGGCUCCGCCAACUUCAUGGAACUUCAGCAACAGAUGCAGAGACAGCUCAUGUCCAACCCAGAGAUGUUGUCUCAGAUUAUGGAGAACCCGCUUGUGCAGAGCAUGAUGUCCAACCCUGACCUUAUGAGACAGAUGAUCGUAGCCAAUCCACAGAUGCAGCAACUCAUGGAGCGCAACCCUGAGAUUUCACACAUGCUUAACAACCCAGAGCUUAUGAGACAGACAAUGGAGUUGGCACGGAACCCAGCGAUGAUGCAAGAGAUGAUGCGUAACCAGGAUCGGGCGCUUAGCAACCUAGAGAGUAUUCCCGGUGGUUACAAUGCUCUUCGGAGGAUGUACACAGACAUUCAAGAGCCCAUGUUUAGUGCUGCACGUGAACAGUUUGGAAAUAACCCCUUCUCAGCCUUGAGUGGUAAUGAUAGUUCGGGAACACCGCCCUCCAGGACAGAAAACCGAGAGCCCUUACCAAAUCCCUGGAGUUCCCCUGACAACCCCUCCUCUGGGACAGCUACCACCACCAGCUCCACCACAAGCUCGACCACACCCAGUGUGUCUAACCCUCUGGGCAUUGGCUCCUCGAACCUUGGCAACGUAGGUAUGUUCAAUAGUCCCGGCAUGCAAAGCCUCAUGCAACAGAUUUCGGAGAAUCCUCAGCUGAUGCAGAACAUGCUUUCUGCUCCUUACAUGCGUACCAUGAUGCAGUCCCUAUCCCAGAAUCCUGAAAUCGCCUCACAGGUGUUGAUGAACAACCCCCUCUUUGCUGGAAAUCCACAGCUACAGGAGCAAAUGAGACAGCAACUUCCUGUUUUCUUACAUCAGAUGCAGAACCCAGAAGCUCUUUCUGUCAUGACAAAUCCUCGAGCCAUGCGAGCCCUAAUGCAGAUCCAGGAAGGACUGCAAACCCUUCAAACCGAAGCCCCUGGAAUCAUGCCUGGUCUGGUGCCAGGUAGCUUGCCUGGUGUUAUCCCAGGUGGAGUUCCAGGUGGAGUCCCAGGUGGAGUCCCAAGUGUUAAUGUGACCCCUGAGACUGCUCCACCCGCUGGCCAGGGCCCCGCCCCUGCCCCUGCUGCGGGGACUAAUCCCACCCAGCAGCAGCUCAUGCAGCAGAUGUUACAGAUGUUUGCUGGAGGGAAUGCUUCGACUCAAACUCCAGAAGUGCGAUUCCAGCAACAACUGGAGCAGCUGAGUGCCAUGGGCUUCAUCAACAGAGAAGCCAAUCUUCAGGCCCUCAUAGCCACGGGAGGUGACAUUAACGCCGCCAUUGAAAGACUACUCGGCUCCCAGCCUUCCUAAUUCCAUCGGCUGAGAGCACGCAAAGGAAGACAAGAAACGAACAUAGUCCUUCAUCACUUAAAAUCUGAUGAGCCCUGCAUAGACAGAUGUCCAAUUACUACUUUCUCUUUUUUUUUUUGCUUAAAUCGUUUGAUCUCUGAAUCAUAAGCAAAUGGGGGUUCAAAUUUGUUUCCUUGAACAAAUAAUAAACCACAAUCGCUGUGAAAUGACGUCACACUAACCCUCAUCACUAGUACGAUGGGAUAAAGCUUAAAUUGGCUGAACCAAGUUUAGAAUACCAUUCCUAACAGUUAAAACGUACUCACAUGAGGCACUACUCAAUGGUUAGUGGAGUAAAAACUAUAUGCUUGAAUUCCUAGGCCAGAGUUAUUAUUGUCUGUUGUGAGAGUGCUUGGUUUUUCUUAAUUUCUCUGUUUUUCCUUAAUCAUGCCUGAUCAAACCAGUAUUUAUUGCAAAAAUGUAGAGCUUACCCUUUACUCCCUUUCCGCUCCUCCUCAUUUCGCAUUGAUUUGAGAGUUCCUUGACAUUUGUUGUUAAUUGGAAUCUAAUAGACAUGAACUUGUUCGAGCACUAUAACACAAUGACUCUGAUCGCUUACACCUCAAGCUAUAUAGAAAAGAAUGCAUUUUGGAAGCGAGAUUCAAAAUAAAACAUCAUCUCUAGUCGUUUACCUUUGUGAGGAGUAUAAAUCAACGGUAAAGGCUUGUCAUGUGGGUAAGGUUGAAACAAAGCAUCAAUAAAAUAUUUCUCAGCUUAAUGAGCCAUGGUGAACGCAGACACUAUUUGUUUCCACUGUGUCUUUAUGCCCUGACAGAGAUUAGUGCCUGGGGAGACCUGUAUUCUGGAUUCACCAUCCUGAAGUUGAUAUGAAAAAUGAUACAAAAUCUGGUUAUGGCAUGAUAGUGAUGCUAGCUUUACUGUACAACAAUCUCAGUUAUAACCGACAGUCAUCAAAUGGAACUAACAUCUGAGUAUUCAUGUGAAUUAAAAUGUGUUGAACUUU